CGAACACUAGUCCAUCGGUCCUACUUCUAGCCAAAAACGUUGGAGAAGUCUCACCACACGCGCUCUGGACGUUAGCAGCAGCACACGGCUGCAGAUCCAAACAUGGAUGGGGAGUGUUCGUUACCGAGAGGAUAGUUAAGAAGGCAAUUAUUCAAAUCCUGCAGCAAUUUCAGUCGAUGGCUGCUGUGGUGGUAUCAUAGCAACAACACCCAAGAAUUAGAAAAACAUUAACAAUAGCCCGGUAUCACCCGCUGCCUGCCAGCACAAAACUCUCCAUUACAAACUCGGCGCGCUGCUCUCUGACAAGACACUCCCUGGAGAGGAGCGCGAGUGCGCCGAAUAAAAAGGAUACUAUUUUUCUCCCAGACGCAGGUUGACUUGGAAAGGCUUGAGCAUCGAUGAAAACUACAUCGCCGAGUGACUGUGACUGGAUCCUCUUGCUGAAGAAGAUCGCCAGAUCCUUUGCCAGAAUGGAAUUACAUGGAAUAAACGAAGUUUCCUUUUACGACAUGAGAUAUCCGCGCCCGGGGAUCGAAACUUUCUUUUAGGGUUUUUAAUAUGUGGUUGUAUUGCCUGUCUUCUAUGCCUCAGGAUGAGUGAGUGAGCAGUCCGUCUGCCGAGUCCCAACCAUGAUCGCCACCGGAGGCCUGCUGCGGAUCAACAGGAGGCAGGACUCGCUGCGCUCUAAGAGCCGUGCAGAGAACAAGCGUAAGAGAAAAGCCAAGAAGAAGCAGAAGAAUGAGGUGGUGGUGGUCAAGGGCAAGCUGAAUCUGUGCUCCAUCUCGGGGGUGGUGGCGGCUAUUGGGAUUCUAAUCCUACUGGUGGGCAUUGCCAUGGCCAUACUGGGUUACUGGCCCAGGGAGAGCCCACUGUACCCGGAUCCGCCCAAAAUCCAGAGAAUUUACAACAAAAAGGAGGAGUCAGGGCUGACAGGCAACUGGACGAACAACGCGAAGGACGGAUUUCACUUGGAUGGGGAUUUGGUCAGUAACAAUCGUUCCAACGGCACAGGUUUAGAGCAGCCGUCCAUGGGCUUCCUGGCUGAGUUCUUGGAUAAGUACCUGUACUCGGACAGGUUGAAGGUGUUCGGUCCCCUCAUCAUGGGCAUUGGCAUCUUCCUGUUUAUCUGCGCCAACGCGGUGCUGCAUGAGAACCGCGAUAAGAAGACCAAAAUCAUCAACCUGAGGGACAUCUACUCCACUGUCAUUGACAUCCACAGCUUGCGGACUAAGGAGAACAUGCCACUCAAUGGCUUUGUGAACUACAUGCAGUCCAAAGGGGUGGAGGGCAAACCUAGCGCUGCAUAUACCGCCACCCUACUAGCCAAAGGCACUUGGCCCUCGGGAGGUUCGCCGGACGAGGGCAGCCUGGGCCCCUCCAGAUGCCACUCCCUGACUAGGUCAAGGGUGUCAUCUCUAGAGAGGCAGACGUUCACCGACACAGUCUACACUAUCUCCAGACACAGCGGGGCCGGCCAGCAGAGCAGCCCGAUUUCCAUCCCCAAACGGUGGGAGACCCGGACAAUAGUGGCCUCCUCGGUCAACGCCUUCACUCUCCCCAUGACCAAACCUAACCAUCGGGCCAACCAGCAUCAGCGCAGGCCUUCAGCCAAAGCAGAGGCAGGGAGGAGCAGGGCUGCCCUGUGUGACUCUGGCGAAGAAGACGAAGCCUGGGUUGGGUACGGUGUUCCAGAAACCACCACCCAGGCAAAUGUGGAGACUUUGCAGACGGCUAUGCUCCUGCCUCAGGACUCUGUGGAGGUGUACAAGAGCAGUGGUAGCCUCCAGGGGGCGCUUCAGGGCUCCCAGAUCCAGCUGCUCCCCUCGUCCCCCACUGGCCCCAGGGUGAUGGGUUCCCACUUGUCCCUCAGCGCCCUGACGGACUACUCCAGGUCCAUCGAUCUGGGCAUCACUCCAUCCACCCCCACCAAGUGGAAGGUGGAACGGUCCCGGCGACUCAGCUGCCCUCGUUUAGAGGUACCGGGAGGUGGUGGGUACAUCAAACUGGGCGACCUGGGGGGGGAGUCCUUUGAGUCAAGGGAGUCAUGUGAGGUGACCGCCUUCAGCCGAGUGACCUCAGAGGAGGGUCUGGCUAAAAGUCAGAGGGAAGGAGGAGUAGCCAAUGAACAGGAGGAGAGCAGCCCCGGGGAACGACAGGACAGGUGCUCAAGGCGAUACUCCAACAAAGAGAAACUUCUCAUGAUCUCUCAGUCAGACUCCGUUUUGGACGAUGAGGAAGUGGAUAGCACAGAGAUAUGAUUGGACAAUUACUGAUUGGUGGAUUGAGUUUAUUUGAAAGAAAUGGACACAGGAUAACUCGCAGUUGGUUUAAGACACUUGAGCUGUUUAAUGGAAUUAUGACAAUGACAAUACUGCAUAGGAUCUGAGAUCUAGAGGAUCUUGUGGUUCGUUGCAAAUGCAAUUAUCGAUAUGUGAUCAAAAACCGAACAUGGUCUUUGGAGGCUAUGAAAACAGAAGACUGUGUGUAUAGUAUUUUGUCAAUGGUUUGUUUGUGUAGGUUGGAAGCAUCGCACCCAACUGAAAGAGUUUCAAAGCAAAAAGAUAACAUUAACCAAAAAAGGGCCCGUUUUAAAAUGGUGAUUGAACAGUUAGUUACUGUACCAUCCACUUGAUGUAAUAGUUUCUCUAAUUUGUAGAAAUAUAGUGUGUCUGUUCCACCUACUGUCACAACUGAUACUGUAGUAGUAUAUUGAUUGAGAGUUGCUGUCUCAACAGCAUGUAUUUUGUACUUUAAUGUCUUUGCCGUUUUUAUCAGUUUGAAUUCAAACUUUAAUAGCAAUACAUCAUUGACCAUCUCUGUUUGCUUGUGGGGGAAACAAUGUUGGCAUAUUUGCCUGUGUGUCUUUUAAAUUCUCUGAGUAAGGCUUGUAUGUUAUUGUUUAGAACUGUCUUGACUUGCUUGUUAAGGAAUCUACUGUAUAUCUUUGCUAUCGCUUUUGCCUGAGCGAAAUUAAAAACAACACACUAACUAGCACAAUUCACAGCUGAACACUUGUAUCUCUGUACAAGUAGCCUAAGUACCUUAGCACAAGUAACCAUCUGUGGAAAAAAUACUUAUCAAAUCAAUGUUAUCCUGUGCAAAAGCAGCUGGAUUGUUUUUGUAGUUGGUUCUUGUUCAAUAACACACCUGCAGUAAAUAAUUGUAUUCCAAUUGUUCCUGGUGCCCAUGGUCAAUUCAACCAUCCCAUGGUCGUCCUAUGGCUCAAUCAGUCUUCAAAUAAACAUAUGAAGCUG